AUGGCUGAUAUCGACGCGGGCAACCUCUUCAAUGUCAAAGGCUUGGUGGCCGUGGUCACUGGCGGAGGCACAGGUAUCGGUCUGAUGAUUGCUCAAGCCCUAGAGGCUAAUGGUGCAAUCGUAUAUAUCCUUGGACGACGAGAGGAGGUUUUGAAAGAGGCUGCAGCUACAGCGAAACAUGGCAACAUCCAUUACUUCAAAGCAGAUGUAACCUCGAAACCGGAUCUUGCCGCAGCGGCCGAACAUAUCGCUGCAAAAACCGGCUACGUCAACGUCGUAGUCGCAAACUCCGGCAUCAUUGGCCCAACGAUGCGUUAUUUAAAAGACGAUGCAACGCUGAAGGAAACGCAAGAUUACUUGUGGAACUGGGACUCAGACAAGUUCAACCAGGCAUACAACGUCAAUGUCAACGGAGCCUUCUUCACUGCUAUCGCUUUCCUUGAGUUGCUUGACAAGGGCAACAAGGCUAAGAAUGUCGAGCAAGAUAGCCAGUUCAUCUGUGUCAGUAGUGCUGGGGCAUUCAGUCGUGUUCUCAUGUCGGGGUUCGCAUAUGCGGGCUCAAAAGCAGCAGUUAUACACAUCACGAAGCAGCUCGCCACUAGGCUAGUGCCAUUCGGCAUCCGCUGUAACGUCCUUGCACCUGGAUUGUACCCAAGCGAGAUCACUGCCGACAUGAAUUUCAAAGAGUCUUAUCCGAGAGAAUUCCUUCCACAGCAAAGGGUUGGAGACCGCAAGGACAUGGCGGGAGCUUUGUUGUUUCUGACGAGUAGAGCGGGUGCCUAUAUCAACGGAAAUGUUUUGCUCACAGAUGGUGGCCGACUGAGUGUCCUACCAGCGACGUACUGA